CGAUUUUGAUCUGCAAGUUUUUCUAAAGUUAGAUCUGCGCAUUAAUCAGAAAAAAUGUCAAGCAUUGCAGCAAGUGGAAUAGUUCUUGAACCACUAACAAAAGACAACUACGAUAAUUGGAGCUGUUUGGUGAGAAACUAUCUUGCAGGGCAUGAUCUGUGGGGAGUUGUGAGUUCUGUUUCUACAAUAGGUGUGGGAUCUAAAGAAGAAGUUGAAGCAUGGAAUAGGGAUAAUGCUAAGGCUUUGCAUAUUAUUCAACUAGCAUGUGGAUCAGAGAAUCUUGCACAUAUUAGAGAUUUUCAUACUGCUAAAGAUGCUUGGAAUUAUUUUAGUGCAUCAUACGGCUCAGAAUUGAAAGCCUACUCCGACAUUGAACAAGGUGUGGUAGACGAUAGUCUCCAUCACCAUAGAUCGCUCCAUAGAUUUAUUGAGAGCGGUAAUUGGAAAGAUGCAAAAGCAUUCAUGAAUAAUGAUGAAACAUCUAUGUUUUCUAUGUCUUCUUCGGGAAGGACUAUUCUUCAUGUUGCAGUGAUUGCUGGUCACGAAGAAAUUGUGAAGAAUUUGGUGAAGGAAGGGAAAGAUAAGUUAGUGAAAAUGAAAGACAAUCGUGGUUACACAGCCCUAGCUCUUGUUUCUGAGUUGACUGGAAAUACCAAUAUUGCAAAGUGUUUGGUAGAGAUGAAGGGAGGGCAAGUCAUCCGAAAAGACUUGUUAUAUAUGAAGAAUAAUGAUGGUGAAAUUCCUGUUCUUCUUGCGGCUGCUAAGGGACACAAAGAUAUGACUAGUUAUCUUUUCGCUAAAACUUAUACGUCGGAAGACAUGGACGAUAAAAAAUUUCACAGCCGUGUUUUGCUUCUAACACGGUGCAUCAAUGCAGAAAUAUUUGAUGUGGCUUUGAGUUUACUCCAACGAUUCCAGCAAUUGCCACUUGCCCACAAAUCCGAAUCUGAAACUGAAUCAGAUGGUGUGCAACCCUUAUACGCAUUGGCACGCAUGCCUCAUGUGUUCCCAAGUGGCAGCAGAUAUGGAUUCAUACGGCGAUUCAUUUACAAAAUUUUGAGAUUACCAGAAAGAAAGAUUGCAACAAACGUUGUUCCACAGGAAAAACAGCUCAAAACCAAAACAUCUUUCACAGGUAUUGAUAAUUGA